CUUACAGAAGUUUCAGUAGAGGCUGCUGGUAACUGCUUGGGUUCUCCGUAUCUUUAUAGACCAAAGCAGUGACAUGGCACAGAGGUGGCAUUGCUCCCUGUUUUACAUUCCCCUGCUCUGUGUAUUAUACCUGCACAGCGGGCAGACUGUGAAAGUGGAGAAUGUGUUGACUCAGUCAAACUUCUAUCAAACCAAAGAGCCAACAGGGGAAUACAUGUUCCAGUUCGAUGAAGAUGAAAUCUUUUAUGUGGACUUGGAUAAAAAAGAGACAAAAUGGAGACUUCCUCAGUUCGGAGAGGUGUCCACCUUUGAGGCCGCUGGAGCCCUGCAAAAUAUUGGGAUAAUGAAACAAAAUCUGAACAUAAUGAUAAAACGUUCUAACCAUUCAGCAGCAGUUAGUGUUCGCCCAGAGAUCCUAACGUUCACAGAGGAUCCUGUGGUUUUUGGCGAGCCCAACACGUUAAUCUGUUACACCAGCAAGUUCUUUCCGCCAGUUAUCGACAUACAGUGGCUGAAGAAUGGGCAGCCGGUGUCUGCUGGUGUGUCGUCUACAGACUACUACCCAGCAUCGGACGGGUCCUUCAGUCGAUUCCUGUAUGCAGCGAUCAUCCCAGAACAGGACGAUAUUUACACAUGUUCUGUGACACAUGACGGACUAAAAACCAACCCCACAUACAAGACAUGGAGUCCAGAGGCCCCAGCUCCCUACUCUGAGAUGUAUGAAAAUGUAAUAUGCGGCCUCGGAUUGGCAGUUGGAAUUCUUGGGAUAAUUAUUGGAAUUGUUCUGAUCUUUAAAGCAAUCAAAAAUCAAAGAAGAGCUUACUAGUGUUAGGGUUAAUUGCUUUCACAACAUCCAUAGAAGUCUUCAGAACUCCAGAGCGUCUCUUUCUGCAUCUAAGCAAAAUGAUUCAAUCUAUAAUAAAAUAUCUACUAUGUUAAGAAUAUUAAGAACAAGACCACAACACAGACCAGCAUUAGUGAUUGCACAACUGAAGAAUUAUUUCAGAUUUGGAAACUUUGCUCCACAUUUUAACCCAUACAUUGUUUAAUAUUAAAUGCCUUGUGCGAUCUACUGUUUAUGAACUUCUGUUUGUUACAUAAUAUAUUUAAAAUACAGAUUCACCUGUUUGUCCUAAUACUGAUUGGCAGUUCUAGAUAUAAUCUGGCAGAGUUAUUCUCUAAUGUAUGAACUGACACAAAAUCAAACUGGAUUCAAAGUGACUUGUAAAUCGUAGCCCGAAAUGGCAAAACUGGGAAAAUUCUUCAAGUUUAUGUUCAGAUCAGUUAUUUUGCCCUAAAAUUUUUGAUUCCCUUUGAAUUCCCAAAACUUGACAUUUUGGGGAAUAAUCAUGUGAGUGUUUAAAAAUGUAAUUCUGUCACUUUAAAUACAAUGGCUUUCUUUGGCUCUGAUAUGAUGAUAGUGUUUAUAUUGCUUAGCCUGAUACAUAUAUAAUAUGUAAGUUUGCUAAUCAGAGAGGACAUCUAUUCUUGUAAUCCAAAAUAAAUUUGCUGUAAUUUGA